AUGCCGUCCUUGAAGGUCCACCAGAGAACGCGCUCUAUGGAGAGACCGUACCAUUGUCGUGAGUGCGGUAAAAGCUUUAUUGCUCCCUCCCAUCUCCGAACCCAUGAAGAAAUGCACAAAAACGAGCGACGCCACCACUGCACAGAGUGUGGUCAGGGUUUUAACUGCUCCAACACUCUGAAGUCCCACCAGAUGACCCAUUCGCCCAGGAUGGAGUUCCGUUGUGAUGAGUGCGGCAAGAUUUUCAUCCGUAAAGAUACCUUUAAAAUUCACCAACAGAUCCAUACGGGGGCCAGAGUCUGCAAUUGCUCGGAGUGCGGAAACAGCUUUAGCAGCUCCAGCAAUUUACAGCGACACCUGCAGAACCACAAAGUCAAGACAAUGUAUCACUGCAGCGAGUGCGAGAAGAGCUUCAGUAGUGUGGCAUACCUGAGGAAGCACCAACUAGCUGUGCAUGCAGCAGAGGCGCCAUAUGUCUGCACAGAGUAA